AUGAGUGACGAUAGAUUCGACAAGCUAGGAAACUCCAUUGAAAAUGAGUCCAUAGAUAAAACUCAAUCAGACAAGCUUCCUAUUGAAAUUGUCAAGACAAAUAACAGAACCAGUAAAAAGUCCAAAGAGGAACAAUUACCUCCUACUCGCAUCCCAAAGAAAACAGCCAGUGGGAAUGAGGCUUUCUACAGAGACAAAAAUAUUGGGAGAUACACUAAUGUUGAAGAGCAUGUGCCAAAACAGGCUAUCAAAUCUAACAAUGUGAGGUACAAGACAGAACUGAAGAAGGUUGAUAAACAUUCGAGGACAGGGAAGGUCGAUACCAUGAAAAAAAUUAACAAUGGAUGGGGAAAUGAUCUUAACGAAUGGGAAUUUGAACAAUAUGCAGAAGAGGAUGUGAAAAAGGAUAAACAAAAUGAUUUAGGAAUGGGCUUCGACGGGGGUCCUGAAGUGUCCAGUUUUCCAUUACCAAUGACAACUCUCUCAUUCCAGGAAUAUUUAGAGGAACAAAAUGAUUUUAACAGAAUCAACAAAGUUCCAAGCAUAAAUAACAAAAAUAUAAAUUCACUAGAUGACGAGCUCAUAAUUGAUAAUGAGCCGGAGAUAUUGAGUUAUCCAACACAUGCAAAAUCGUAUACUUCUCACCAUCAUAUCUUCAGGGAUGACAAGAAAUUUUUGAAUUACCAAGCAUCAGAAAUGACAACACCAAGGACAGAUGUUGUAAACGAAGGUUGGGAUACAACAUUAAACUCAUCAAAUACUCCAACUAAAAACUUUGCCAUCAAGAAGAAGGGCAUAAAUUUGGAAAAAUUACCUUCCCUUUAA